AUCAAUGCAAAGUCCGAACGAAAUGGUGUGCUGCAUUAAGUCUUGUUUCUAGUCACGACCAUGCACGAUUUUAUAUCGUGUACGGAUGGUGUGCGCAGCAGUGUUCUGUAAUUAAACAAUCUGAACGAAGAAUCAUCUUAUAUUUUUACAAUUAUUUCGCGCAACGUGCAUUUAGUUUCUUUAAGAAACUUUGACAAGACAUUUUUACUGUUAAGGAAAACAACACCUAGUGCGUGUACUUUCAGAUUCGAAAGUGCCUUACUAUGUUGAUCGAGUUGCAGGCAAGUCUUUCUCGUCACAUUGUCCUACGAUAGUUUAAUUAUAGCUGCACGGCUCGUACGGACCUAGGCUUUCCCAAAAUAAUGAUUGGAUCAGCGUGGCAUCCCUCCUCGCCCUCUACUCUCGUUUCUCUUCCCUUGGGACACUUGUGUGCAGUGCUUCUGGAAGUAUACCUGUGAACAGCUGUCCAAUAGUUGAAUACGAAACUUCUUUGCAUACUCGUUACCCUACAGUUCAUCAUUUAAUAGUGUUAAUCAUAAGUUACGCCUAACUCGUUGUGCGUCAAUCAUCCUAUGUAUUGCGACAUAAACAUUUUCCGCCAAUAUGUGUGAUACACACUUUUGAAUGCACAGUAUUAUCGACAAGAAAUAAAUUCUCAAGUCGAUCUUUCCUCCUGCAUUAUCGUUUCGUUUAUUCCUAGGUAUUUAUUACUUCACAACCACUGAUAAAUGCGCGCGAAAUAUUUUUAUCUGUGAAACUACGAAGUUUCUGUGAAGUGUAUAUAGAUCAUGUGGUCGUCACGUUUUCUCUUUUCAAUGAUCUUCAAAACAUUUUAAAAAAUACUUGUAACUUUUAACCGUUCGAAUGAAAAUUGUUAAAAUUACCAUAGAGAUAAUAUUUUAGAUGGCUACUGUUCAGUGUUCUAACCACUAAGAGCCAUGGAACAAUUCCAUGGAAUGAGCGAUGGAAAUAUAAAUAUAAGUGAUUUGAAGUCAUCCAAACAGACCCUAAAUUUGUGGAGGCUAGCGGAAGGGAGGAGCAAUUACCGGUGGAAAUGAAUAUUGGACGGCCAUUGCAGUAUGUUGAAAUAAUAGAACAACCAGCAAGUAAAGCUUUACGCUUUCGCUAUGAAUGCGAGGGCAGAUCAGCUGGUAGUAUACCCGGUGUAAAUAGUACACCGGAAAACAAAACAUUUCCUAGUAUAAGGAUAGUAGGAUACAAAGGCCGUGCUGUAGUUGUAGUAUCGUGUGUAACAAAAGAUCAACCGUACAGACCUCAUCCUCAUAAUCUUGUUGGGAAAGAAGCAUGUAAACGAGGUGUUUGUACAGUUGAAGUAUCAUCAGAAAAUAUGACGGUCACGUUUGCAAAUCUCGGUAUUCAAUGUGUUAAGAAAAAAGAUAUUGAAGAAGCACUUAGAAUAAGAGAAGAAAUUCGUGUUGAUCCCUUUCGAACUGGGUUCGAACACAAAAGACAGCCUACCAGCAUUGAUUUAAAUGCUGUAAGAUUAUGUUUUCAAGUUUUCCUAGAAGGAUCACAAAAGGGAAAGUUUAACAUCCAAUUACCACCGGUUGUAUCUGACCCUAUAUUUGAUAAAAAGGCAAUGUCAGACCUUGUAAUAUGCAAGCUCAGUCAUUGCAGUGCAUCAGUUGCUGGUGGUAUGGAAAUGAUUUUAUUAUGUGAAAAGGUCGCUAAAGAAGAUAUACAAGUUAGAUUUUUCGAGGAGAAAGAUGGGCAAGUGGUUUGGGAAGGAUUUGGUGAUUUUCAACCUACUCAUGUACAUAAACAAACAGCAAUCGCGUUCAGAACACCCACCUAUCGCAUACAACAGGUCGAUCAACCAGUCCAGGUGUACAUCCAAUUGAAAAGACCGUCGGAUGGCGCAACAAGUGAACCAUUACCAUUUCAGAUGUUACCUCUUGGUGCAGGUAGGCCUGCUUUCUGGUCUUUACGGAAAGCAUUUGCCAGGAAGAAAACAGAUUAUAGUACAUUUGGUAAAAUUUUAGCAACCGAAUCGGCGUUGCUAUCAAACGUUACGCCGAAACUUGCGCGAAACAUCGACGAAUUUAAUAAUAAUGAUUUCAGUAUAAAAAAGUCGAAUAACAAGAUUUCUGCGUUACGCGCUUUAAAUGAUUUAUAUAAUGUAAAAAACACGUUAGAUUCUUGUAAUGGAAGUACCGAAGUCGCUCAAAAUAAUGCACAAAAUAUGGAUCACACAAAAAGUACAAUUAUAGAUUACGAGAACAACGAAGUACCGUUUCAUACAGAAAAAACUAUGGAAAAUGAGCAAAUGAAUAAGAUAUACAAAAUUGACAGCAACUAUAUGAACAAAGAUAUGGAUAAUACUAAUUCAGGAACUUUAACUCGUACUAAAUCCGAUAGUACUGAUAAUGAUAUAUUAAGAAAUUCAGAGAUGUCCAAAAACAAAUCUGAUUGGUUUGAUUAUUCUGAAGUAGGAAAAUGGGUACAGAAAGGUCAAAUGUGUCUGAAGGAAAAGGAUAACGAGGCAGAUUUUAAAACUGAAAUGACAGACGAUUGCAAUAAGUCGUUUAAUGAAUUGUUAACACAAGUAGCCGAACUGGACCAGAUUUAUGCCGAUACGCAUACUAAGUUGGUACAGGCUGCACUUGAGCAGAAUACAACUGAUCAAUCAAUGGACAUUGAUGUCUGUGACAAUCAGACGUAUACUAGUUUACAGAUGGCCAUGAAAAAUCCUAUAGAAUUUGUUGACGUAACGAAUGACAGAAAGUACGAGGAUGUAUGUGUACCGAAACCAGAUCCAAAUCAGUCUUGUCCUUCGCCUCCGGUAACUGCAAAGAGAGAUGGAACGCAGGAAACGGAAGAGAGAUUACCGCCUUUACCACCAAAACGUAUUCGAAAAAUGCCUUCCAUGCCUCUUUUACCUCGUCCUAUAUCCUCUCCCAUGACAACCGAUUCUUAUAUCGAAGCACCAAAUAAAACUUUACCCUCCUUACCCGGUACAUUAACCAAGACAUCAAAACAAGGACUGUUCUCAAAAUUAUUUGCAAAAAAAAUCAAAUCAGAUAAAGACACGAUUUCGAAUGCAUCCAAAGAGAGCAAUACAUCUUUGAAUAUACCAGGGAAAGUUUCAUACUUAAUGAAAAAUAAUAUACCAGAUGGUACACAGUUACAAAGUCCAAGACUUAAUGCUACCAGUAACACUAGUAUUAAAUCUCUUAGACUAGAGGGUGAUGUAACACCACCUUAUGGAAUGGAAUUGACAGAAGCUGAACAUUAUGCAUUAUACACUGCUAUGGCUCCGCAUGCGACAGCAUCGGAAUUUGAUGAAAUGUCUUUCUAUUAUAGCCCUGUAGAGGGUGGGAAAAUUUUCUCUGACAAGAAGGAAACAUAAUUUGUUCUCAUACUUAUGAUGUUUGCUAGCGUACUUCCAUUUAAGAGUGAUGUGUUUCUUUUCUGGAAUAGUAUCGUAGAAGAAAACUGAUAUAUUUUAAGAGAUUAAACAUUAUUGUGAUUGAUGAAAGGCUGCUUCUAUGCAGUUGUGACUUUGAAUUUUGGCAGCUUUAGUGUGUAACACUGUUUGUGAAAAAGAAAAAGUUGUUAUGCUACACGUUAACCAAAAACGCUUUGAAGCGAAUUUGACACUAUUCUAGUCGGGGUACAAAUUGUUUUUUUCUUCUUUUUCAAUUGUCUUUCAUGUGUAUCCUAUAAGAUAGCUGAAGUAUACACUCAGCUAAAACUUGUUGUUUAUUACCAAAGAGUUUAGUGUUCCUUUAGUCAAAUUUUAUGGUAUUACUAUUUCUUAUAUACUACAGAUAAGCAUAUAUAUUGCUUUUGACUAUUUAUGACACUUUUGUUAAGUUUUUUUAUGGUGUCUCAAAUUUAUAUGCAUCACUUUGUUUCUAGUCUUAGAAUAGGCAUUUAAUUUAUAGUUUUUA